CCUGGUUCGAAACAGUUGGGAGAUGGACUGACUCCAGCUUCCGCUCAGGGAGGCCCUCCUGAGCGGCCUGGCCUCCCAGGGCCAUGAAGAAGUCCGUCCCGAAAAACGUUAAAGGAAAACAAGUCAACCUCAAGGUCAAGCCAUCUGUACACGACUUGAGCAAAACUCUUCAGACCAAACUCACUGUGGGUAGUCUGGGAUUAGGCCUGAUCAUCAUCCAGCAUGGGCCCUACCUUCAGAUCACCCACCUCAUUACAAAGGGAGCUGCAGCCAGGGAUGGAACACUCCAGCCAGGUGAUGUUUUGAUUAGUGUUGGCUAUGCAAAUGUGUUAGGUUAUACUCUUCGAGAAUUUUUAAAGCUUCUGCAACAUAUCACCAUAGGAACAAUACUACAAAUAAAAGUUUACCGAGAUUUUAUAGACAUACCCCAAGAAUGGCAAGAAAUAUAUGAUUUAAUCCCAGAGACCAAAUUCCCAAUCACACGCACAACAAAGAAAACUGAGGAGGCAAAAGAUGGAUCUGUCACAAGCAGUGAUGAUGAUGAAGCUUUUGAUACAAGACUUAAGUACUAUAAAUAUCCACGGUCCACUGGACAUUACCCUGUAAGGCGACCAAUGUCUAUCUCCAGAGAAUGGCAUGGAUAUAAAAAGAAGAACCAUGUAAUGCGUGUAGGAAAAGACAUUAACUGUGAUGUGAUGAUUCACAGAGAUCACAAGAAAGAAGUCAGGGCCCCUUCUCCCUACUGGACCAUGGUGAAGCAAGACAAUGAAAUCUCCUCCUCUUCAUCAGCCUCCUCCACCUCAGAUGCAUUUUGGCUGGAAGACUGUACCCCUGUUGAAAAGGGCAGUGGUGAACCAGUAUCACGAGUUGGUUAGGCAGCAGUUUUCAAAUCUGUGACCACAGAAGCAUUUAUCUUGAAAACACCCAUUUUUUUGGUGCACUUUUGGGUGUUAGGUUGAUAAAUACUUGAAAGAGACAGACUAGAAACAGAAGAGGGAGAAGAUGAGGGGAAAAAAAAAAAAAAACACACACCAAAAUUGUGCCACAGUGAAGAUAAACAUAAAAAACAAAGCAGUGGAAAUAUAGGCUACAGCUAACAGGUAAUAUAUAUUUCGCACAAAUAACUCUUUUGGAAAAAAGGCAAAAGGGGGUAAAACCCAGAUCAUUUAACUGUUCUUAGCCAAGAAUACACACUUUUAACUGCUUUUAUCUUUAAAAUCCAAUAAUAAUCUGGAGAUAGUUACUCUGAUAGCCACUUAAGCCUUAAUUUUAAGUUUCUCAUGCUUCUGUACUUUAUAAUUAUAUUCCU